GCUUCCGCCAAACGUUUAUUUAAAGGCUCACAGGCACUGCAGCAGGAAUUCAAACCCUCCACUGCAGAGGACUGACCGGGUGUCGGUGUCACAGAGCGGGAUGGAGAAGUGGCUGAUGUUUGCGGUGUCUCUGACGCUGGUCCUGGAUCAGGUGAACUGCAGAAGAGUCACUAAGGCUCAGAUUCUGGGUUUUGAGUGGAAGAACUGCGGGAAGCCCGACGACCCGGCCGUCCUGAAAGCUCUGGCCCUGUCCCCGGACCCCAUCACCAUCCCAGGAGAGCUGACGGCCUCCGCCUCUGGAGCCACGUCCGUCGAGCUGGCUACUCCUCUGUCUGUGACUGUGACCAUGGAGAAGGAGGUGGCCGGCUUCUGGGUGAAGAUUCCCUGUGUGGAGGAGAUUGGCAGCUGUCACUACCCGGACAUCUGCGAUAUUCUGAGCCAGCUGAUCCCACCGGGUCAGGACUGUCCUGAACCGCUGCACACGUACGGACUUCCCUGCCACUGCCCCUUCAAAGCCGGCUCGUACUCUCUCCCUGAGUCCGAUUUCUCCCUGCCCCACGUGGAACUGCCGUCCUGGCUGACCAACGGGGACUACAGUGUGCGGGGCGUCCUGGGCAGCGGGGGGGAGGAGCUGGCCUGCCUCGAGGUGGCGCUGUCCCUUCACUCCGACUGAACAACCACACGGACCAACACAGGGUUUUUCUUUGUUUGUUUAUUUGCAUGUACGAAAAGAAAAUUGGGAAGUGAAAGCAGAAGUAGCACAAAAUCCUGAAACUGGUAAAACAAGAUAACAGGUGUUAUACAUUAACCUGCAGAAUGACAAGCGUUUGUAAAGUCUAACCACGACAAAUAUGGUACGUAGAUUAUUUUUUUAUGCACAAAAACUAGUUUCUCCUGUUUUUUACUUUCAUCUGAGCCAUCGAAGAUUUGUAUUAACCAGUAACAGCUUCAUUUACCUGCUACAGACACGUAGCUCCAUUCAGUACCUGAACUUUAAAAUAACGUUUCAAAAGCUGAGAAAAAAAAAUGAGUAUUUCAAGUUUUCAUCAGUUCUCCAAGAAAGAAAAACUGGAACUGAUUCAAAGUUACAGGACAUUUAAAAUAUUUGUGAGUCAACAUGAAACCGAAGCUCAGAGGAAUCUAAAGGUUUCUGCCUGAUCGGCCUUUUUUUAACAAUUGUCUUUUGCACAGGAACAUUUUUCUCUUAUGCCAAAAACUGAGAAAAAGAUUUCAUAUUUCCAGGCAUGAGCCUAAUAAAUUAAUACUUUUCAAAAUACCCAAUGCAUAGUUCGUAUGGUAGUAGAUCUAAACAUCUCAAUGGAUAAUUAGAUUUUUAGAUUCUGAUCAGAGUGAGAAACUAGAAACCGUCAGCAGCCCAGAAAGGUCGAGAGGAAGUUGAAAAGUUGUAGAAAUUAAAAUUGAGAAGUUUAAACAAGGACCAAAAAGUCAAAGGGAACAAGGACACAGUUAAAUGACCUCAACACGCUGCAGAGGUGAAGUUUGAAGAACAGAAAGAAUCAGUGAUAACCAGACAAUAACAAACAUUCAUCUAUGUAAAGAUUCAAAUUUUUGUCCUUUUUUAAGUCGCAGCUUCACAUCCUUGUUUUCAGAUCCUCUUCAGAUGGAUUUAUCUCUGUGGUUAGAAAACAAGUAGUUUCUGAUCCUGUUUGAUUCUUUGGCCUCAACGUGAUUUGAAUGAUGUAUCGCAGGAGUAACAUGAGAUACUGAGGUACGACCAGGAGAGGGCGAUCUUCUCAUGUCUCCGAACCACGGGGCCUUUUAGCUGCAGCUCAGUCACAUCAAAUCAAACUUUUAUUUCUUCACUCUCACUUUUCACUGUGAAUAAACAGAACAAAAACAUUUAUUAGAAAUAACGAAGCUCCUCAGAAUUCAAAUGUGUCAAAGUGUUUUUUUAUCUAAAGAAAAAUCAAACGUAGUAGUUCUGUUGUUGUCUUUUAUGGAUUUUGUUGAUUUAUUUUAUUUGAAUGUGUUUGAGUUUUGGAAUUUGAGAUUUUCUUUCUAUUUCCUUUUUUACCGACGCUGUCGUCCAUUGCAGUGCAACUUUGUAGAUUCUUUACUAGAGAAUAAAAUGAUGAGUUAAAGUUUAUUUUUAGUUAAUGAUGAUUUUAAAUGUUUUUCUACUGUGCUGAUGACAAAUAAUGUACGGAUUUUAAUAAACUCAAUGACAGAAGCUGUGAA